AUGGGCAUGAGAUUCCUCAAAGCCGGUGCCAGCGCAACCGAGGCCGUCGAAGCAGCCCUCCGGAUCCUCGAGGAUAAAGAAAUCACCAACGCUGGAUAUGGCUCCAAUCUUUCUAUCGACGGUGUUGUAGAAUGCGAUGCCACCGUAGUGGACCAUCUUGGCCGCAGCGGCGCCUGUGGUGCUGUCCCUAGUAGGGUUUUACUGCCCAAGGCGAGUUCGCCUGCUGACAUCAUCACAGAUAUUCGAAACCCUAUAUCCCUAGCCAAACUCGUUCUAGAUAUGAGCAAUAAACCAUUGAGCCUCAGACGAGUUGCACCAAACGCUCUUGUCGGAGAGGGUGCCAGAGCUUUCGCAGAGGAGCAUGGUCUAAUGAUAUACCCCAAUGAGUACAUGGUUUCGAAGAAUGCUAGAGACCGUUUUCUGCGUUGGCAGGAAGAUUUGAAGCGAGCCGAGUCCAAGGGUCAAGAGCCCAAAGCGUUGCCUGAAACUAUUGAUACAACCGCUACAUGUCCCCCAUGCCAAUACGAUACAGCAUCACCGACAAGGCCACAUUCAUCUCUUCCACGAGAUGAACGGCCUGCUGUUCUUGUUGGUACUUGGAAUGAGGGGCAGCCUGACUCUCCUUUCAUUGGUACACCGAUCCAAGAUGCGCCGUCGCUAGAUCGAUCAACAUCCACAAGCUACUUUAGAGCUACAAGUACCUCUCCUGCAGCAGUCGGACGUUCUUCAUUUACCCGGAGCCCUCAGGAGGGAGCGGCACAGACGUAUGCCGGUGUUGUGAGUGGUGCCCAGGGUGUAUUGUCCUCCCCAUUUCGACCUAGUCUAUCUCGAAAGUCCAAUUCUUUAGCUGAGGAUUUCAAACCUGUCUUGCCAGAGAAUGCAUCAACGCGCCAUAAGCACCGUGCACAUGCCUCAAAUAAGGCCGAUAAUACAUCACCGCGAACUCCUACUGGGAAUAGGGGCAACAGCCCUGAUCGCCAAAGCUCCUCAGGUCCUCGUGGGGCUAAGCGACCUCUCAGUCCUGAUGAAAAGUCACAGCCUCAUUCAAGAGCAGUACAUGACCGCCUUCAUUACGGGUCUGUUAGUGAGGACGUUAUUACAGACACUAUUGGUGCCAUUGCGAUCGAUGAUCGAGGCCAAAUUGCUGCUGGCUCGUCUUCAGGUGGUAUCGGAAUGAAGCAUCGAGGCCGUUUGGGACCAGCUGCUCUUGUGGGAGUUGGCACGGCCGUUGUGCCCUGUGACGAUGAGGAUGACGAUCAGGUUGCUGUCGCUGCAGUCACAAGUGGUACAGGAGAGCAUAUGGCUACUACCAUGGCCUCCCAGCGAUGUGCGGAGAGGAUUUACCAUGGCACAAGACGCGGAAAAGGAGGCGCCAACAUUCAGGACGACGAUGAAGAUGCCAUCAUGGAGUCUUUCAUUGCUGAGGACUUCAUGAAGCAUCCCGGUGUCAAGAAUUGCCACUCAGCAGGUGCCAUUGGUGUCAUGGUGGUCAAGAAAACGCCGUCAGGCUACUAUUUCUACUUUGCUCACAACACAGAUUCCUUUGCCCUCGCUUCCAUGGGAGGCUCGGAGAGACAGCCCGUCUGUACGAUGUCUAGACUUCCUUAUGGCGCUAAGAUCGCCAAGGGUGGACGUAAGGUCAGGUUCGAGUAA